AUUGUCAGAAGGAAAGCCAUGUUUGUUUGCAACAUCUGUGGUCAUUGGUGAUUAAUUUCAGAAUUAUUGUUUUAUUUACGCUAAAGUUUCGCGUUUUUGGUAAUUUAAUGGUGUAGCAGUGAAGUUAUUUACACAAUUAAUCAAAGUUUUACCUAACGAUGUCAACAAGAUAAGGCUUUGCGAUAAUGAGAUAAAUUUAAAAGAGCCUUGCAGAUUGAAUUGUAUUAAAUUGGUCUCUUCACUUCAAAUAUAUAGCAGAUUUUGGAAUUGAGUGUUAAUAUGAAGUAUUAGUUAUCACAAUGACUGAAAGUAUAGCAACUCUCACAGCUCCAAUAUCUCUGUCCACAUAUCACCAGCUUAGCUUAACAGUUGAAACAGCAAGCAUACGGAAUUCAGGACUAUUCAAGCCAAAUCCUUAUUUGCAAGUAACUGUUGAUGACAAGCUAUCAAGAAAAACUGAAGUUAUAAAGAAUACUUUACAUCCAAAAUGGAACGAAAAUUUCACAAUAUUGGUCACACCAUUGUCACAGUUGUUGUUCAAACUUGCAGACCAUCAUAGCUUUAGAAAAGACAAUAUUCUAGGCGAAAAAAGGAUAAAUCUUUUAAAAGUUCUGCAAUUCUUUAACGGAAAAUGCGAAAAUAUAGAGUUGACUUUAGAUAUGAUGAAAACCCCAUCCCAAGACAAUGCUUCCAGUGCAAAUUCUGAAACUAAAACAGCUGAGCUUAUCAUACUUUUGGAUGGCCUAAGAAUUGACCCAGCUAUUUUACACCAGUCACAUGAAGUUCUUGGAGAAGCAAGUUCUUCAAGAAAUCCAUUAAACGAAGGAAUUCGAGCUCGCAUCAGACUACGAAACAAUCCAGAAACACUAAGAUCGAUGUUACGAUCACAAACAUUGAGGCCACCCCCGGGCCCACCGCCUAUAAGCAACGGGUCUGUUCUCGCGGGCGCCGAGAGCGCCGCGGGGACGGGCGCGGCCGGGCCCUCCAGCCAGCCCGCGCUGCCCGCGCCCGACCACCCGCCGCCGCCCGCGCCCGCGCCCGCCGCCACCGAGGAGCCCCUGCCUCCUGGCUGGGAGAUGAGAUACGACGUCUACGGCAGGAGAUACUACGUGGACCACAACACGCGGUCGACGUCGUGGGAGCGUCCGCAGCCGCUGCCGCCGGGCUGGGAGGUGCGGCGCGACGCGCGCGGCCGCGUGUACUACGUCGACCACAACACGCGCACCACCACGUGGCAGCGGCCCGACACCGAGCGCCUGGCGCGCUUCCAGCACUGGCGCGGCGAGCGCCGCCACGUCGUCGCGCAGGGCAACCAGCGCUUCCUGUACCCGCCGCCGCAGCCGCCGCACCAGCCCGACGCUGACAGCGACGCUGCCGCCGUCGGUCCAGGCGGCAGCAGCGUUGCGCCUAUUCCAAGCGCCGCCUCCGGUGUAGGCGCGAGUGGUAGCAGUAGCGCGGCGGGCGCGGCGCCGGCGGGCGGCGUGGGCUCGGCGGUGGCGGCCGACGACCCGCUGGGCGCGCUGCCGGCCGGCUGGGAGCGCCGCGUGCAGCCCGACGGCCGCGUCUACUUCGUCAACCACAAGAACCGCACCACGCAGUGGGAGGACCCCAGGACGCAGGGUCAAGAAGUGAGCGCGCCGGAGGAGGCGCUGCCUCCAGGCUGGGAGAUCCGCUUCACGGAGGAGGGCACGCGCUACUUCGUGGACCACAACACGCGCACCACCACCUUCCAAGACCCGCGGCCCGGCGCGCCCAAGGGCCCGCAGGGUGCGUAUGGAGUACCGCGCGCAUACGAGAGAUCAUUCCGGUGGAAGCUCAGUCAAUUCAGAUACCUUUGCCAGAGCAACGCUCUGCCAAGCCAUAUCAAAAUUACACUUUCAAGGCAAACGCUUUUCGAAGACUCCUACCACCAAAUCAUGAGGUUACCAGCCUACGAGUUACGUAGACGACUGUAUAUAAUAUUUCGUGGAGAAGAAGGAUUAGAUUAUGGCGGUGUCAGUCGAGAAUGGUUUUUCUUGCUUUCGCAUGAAGUUUUAAACCCCAUGUACUGUUUAUUCGAGUACGCCAACAAGAACAACUACAGUCUACAGAUCAACCCGGCUAGCUACGUGAAUCCUGACCAUUUGCUGUAUUUCAAAUUUAUAGGAAGGUUUAUAGCAAUGGCGUUAUAUCACGGAAGAUUCAUAUACUCUGGUUUCACGAUGCCAUUUUACAAAAGAAUGUUAAAUAAAAAGUUAACGAUGAAAGAUAUAGAAUCAAUCGACCCAGAGUUUUACAAUUCACUAGUAUGGAUAAAAGACAAUAAUAUUGAUGAAUGUGGCCUUGAGAUGUGGUUUAGCGUUGAUUUCGAAGUUCUGGGGCAGGUUAUUCACCAUGAACUGAAACCAGCAGGAGACAAGGAACGCGUUACUGAAGCAAAUAAAGAACAAUAUCUUCAACUCGUGACGCAAUGGAGAAUGACACGAGGUAUAGAAGAGCAAACGUCUGCUUUUCUAGAUGGAUUUAAUGAGGUGGUGCCGCUGGAGUGGCUGAAGUACUUCGACGAGCGCGAGCUGGAGCUGAUGCUGUGCGGCAUGCAGGAGGUGGACGUGGACGACUGGCAGCGCAACACCAUCUACCGCCACUACACGCGGACCAGCAAGCAAGUCGUCUGGUUCUGGCAGUUCGUACGGCAGAUGGACAACGAGAAGCGAGCGAGGCUACUGCAGUUCGUCACGGGCACGUGCCGCGUGCCCGUGGGAGGCUUCGCCGAAUUGAUGGGGUCCAAUGGACCACAAAGAUUCUGCAUUGAAAAGGUGGGCAAAGAUACUUGGCUGCCUCGAUCACAUACCUGUUUCAACAGGCUUGAUUUACCGCCUUAUAAGAGUUAUGAACAACUAUGCGAAAAACUUAAUUAUGCUAUCGAAGAAACCGAAGGCUUUGGACAAGAAUAAAAAAUGUCUAUGAAAUAACUAUAUUAGUAAAAUAUGGGUUUCCUACGUUAUAUCGAAAGUCGUUGCAUCGAAUGUCAUAACAUUGAAAACGCUACAUCGAACGAUGAAACGACUUUUGAUAAAACAUAGAGAACCCAAUGUAAAUUAUUAGCACAUUAAAUUGCACCAUUUGAGUAACAGCGGGUUAUUCACCAAUAGAAUUGGUGC